UGUCCCGCGCCGGGUCCAGCAGCGCUCGCGACCACCUCAGCGCGCCGUCCUCCCAGGCGCGGGCUCCGGCGGCGCCCUGGGCGCGCUUCUCGGCCUGGUUGGAGUGCGUGUGCGUGGUCACCUUCGACUUGGAGCUGGGCCAGGCGCUGGAGUUGUCACCUCUUGAAAGGCGCCGCUCCCCUGGCAAAAGAAGGAAAGUCGAAUUUCCAAGACGUCCUGUGGGAAUGGAGGAGGGUGGUAUUCUUGAUCUCCCCCAGUGCGAUCUCGGAUACCCCCUCCUAACUGCCCUACAAAGUCAAACCCUGUGGCUCUCCCGCUUAAAAUCCUUCAACACCUCCUUGUUCACUUAGAAUCAGAUCCAUACUUCUUGCGUGUCACACUCAAGCCACAGCAGUCAUCUUUCUUUCUGUUCACCUGCUGCACCCAGCUCACCAGGCCUGCGGUGUUCCCGCUGCCUGCAAGGCUCCUCCCCACCCCCACCGGCAGCUUCUUUCCUCCGGGUGUAGCUGAAAAUGUGGUGGACGCAGGGAGGGAGGCCUUCCAAAGGCCUGUCAGGAGGGUCUUCUCUAUGCCCUGAGGGCCACAGCACAGACCAGGUGAGCCGGCCAGUGCAGGGGAGGCUGGCAGGUAGACUUCCCACACUGUCAGAAAGAACUCCGUGAGCCUGGCAGGUAGCAUACUUGUGAACUUGUCAAGCUCUGAAAGGCCAUGAAGCUUGCAUCUUUGGGGACUCUUGGCUCCUGGCACUGUGUCCAGCUUUCUGGAGAGCCCAUGCCACCACACCCAUCCUCACCAGGCAUGCAUUAUUGUGACAGCCUCACCUGAUGGAGUGAACUGAGCUCAGAGAGGUGCUUUACCCUACAUCACAGAGCCCACAUUCUUACUAUUGCCCAACUUGUUCCCCGUAAGAUCACAAGAGAAGAGAUUCUUCUGUUUCCUUAAGGCAUUCUCAUGUGUAAUUUCCUAAAACAAAACAGGUCAGAAGGCUAAUUCUAAGCAAGUAUUGUGAAAGGCUCUGUGUGCUUGGGCUUCUGAGCCUUUACUGAGGCUGCACAGCUCAGGGACAGAGUGUUGAGACCCAGGACCCCUCCAAAUCAUUGUGUUUGUGCAGGAAUUGGGCUCUGAAUCUAUUGGGCACUGUGGCCACAUGGCCCUCAUCAGGUUUGUGUCUUACAUUUCCUUCUGUCCCUGGAAAUCAUGGGGAAGAUCAAGGGUCAUCUCCUCUGAGCUCACAGGCUUUCAGGGGUACAUUCCAUAAGCUCACGUAUUCACUAGGUCAGCCUGGCUGAAUGCUGCAAAGGCCCUGGCCUCUGCUACCUUCCUGGAGCUCACAGCCCACAGAGACUCCAUGGACAGAUGCAGCUCAGAGGAAGGGUUGAGGCAUGGCCAAAUCUCAGAAGGUGAGAAGGAGGCAGCUGGACAGGGAAGUAGGGCUGUUUCAGGUAGCCCCUCUUUCAAAAAUGCCAGAAAAAACAAAGGCAAGAAGCUGCCCAUUCAUUCAUUCAAUAAACCAGGUUCUGGGCAGCUGCUACUAGGCAGGCCCUGUGGUGCCAGUGCUGGACUUGGGGGCAUAGAGUUAAACCAGAAGAUAGGCCCUGCCCUCCUGGAGUUUCCAUUCUGUGCCAGAGACAUUAUGUGAGUGGUUCAGGACUGCAGAGGAUAUGUGGGGACAUCCCAUUUGGGCAGGGAGGGCUCAGACCUGAGAGGGGGCAGACAAGGCCAUGGGGAAAGGAGGUGUGCAGAUCAGCUAAGGAAAGCGCCCGGCUCCACCGUCUCAGCUUGGGAGCUCCCCCCUCAGUAUCUCACCUGCCAAGCCUGUGGAUUGAAUUUCAGCUGGAGGACUCCAAGAGCGUUUUCCCUGCCAUGGUGUUCACACCCUCCCAGGCACAGCUCCCCGCUGCACAGUCUCAGGACCCUUCACAAUCUUAAAAGUUAUUGAGAACUCCAAAGUGCUUUUUGUGGGGGUCAUAUCUAUCAAUGUUCAUUAUACUAUUAAAACUGAGGACAUUUAAAAGUAUGUAUUAAUCCACUCUAAAAAACAGCAAAUGUUCUGUGUUGACAUAAAUGUUAACGUUUUCAUGAAAACAACCAUAUUUUCAAAAUUUAGUGAGCAGAGUGGCAUCAUUUGACACUUUUACAAACCUUUUGGAUGUCUGGCUGGGGAGGAGGUAGCUGGAGCCUCACAUCGCUCCUGCGGGCAUUCCUCUCAGUGGCCUCUGGAGCCAGCACUGCACAGGAAAGGGAAGACGGUGGGGAGACCAUGGCUCCAACCUCAUGGGGCCUGGGGCCCCUGGGUGCACUUGAAGUGUUGUGCUGAUGUGCCUUUUCGAGGCAAAGCUGGCGUGUCCCUUCCUCAGGGAGGACUGGGCAGCACCGGGCUGGCUGGGGCUCAGAUGGGAAGACGCAGCCCCCGUGGCUGGUGGCAGCACAGCUCCUUCCCUGUCUCCCCCCUUGCUGAGGUGUGGCCCAGCGUGGUCCACUUCAUCUUUGGUCCCUGCUCCCAAGAACAGGUGUGCCAGCUGUGGACAUGGGUUACUCCGUCAAGUGUCCUACUGGGUCCCUGGGCCUGAAUGUGGAGCUGGAGCCUGAGGUGACCUGCUCAGAACAGGUGCAGACACCUGGCCUCCGCACAGAGGGCUCAUGGUGGCCCUGCCCUCUCCUCAGCCCUCCCACCCACAGACACGUGAGGGUGUGGCCUGAGUAGUCCUGCAGCCCCCGCCCUUUUAGAGCUGUCCCAGGGUGCCUCUGUGGGUCCAGUUCCAGACAAAUACCCUUCAGCUCCCUUCCUUCUUAGCACUUCCUUCUUAUUACUUCCUUAACGGACACCCCCUCGCAUGUCACCCACCUGUCCUACUUCACAGACAUGUGUUUGCACACUUCACAAAUGCUGUGUUUGGUAGGGGUUUGCUCAUGCUGGGGUGCAGUCCCUGUGGUUCAGGACACCUGGUGUACCACAGACAGGACAGCAGGACCCCAGCAGCAGCCCUGAGCAAACAGGACAAGAAGUUGCAUCACCCAACAGCACAAACCGGGUGCAGCGACACACUGUCUGGGUUCCAGGGCACACCCCAGAAGAAGCCUCAUUUCCGCUGAAGCCCAAUUCCUCAGUGCAGGAGUUGGGGGGACGGAGCAAGGGGGGACCCAUGUGUGCAGGCCCUUGGCUCCUGGCCUCCAAAGGCUCCAGCACAGCCACUCCCGGGAGAGCACAGGCCGGGGCAAAGUGAAGCCCUGAGCACCAGCUCCCAGGGGCACCUCGGGAGCUCUGGGAGCUCCCUGCCUUUAUGGUGUCAUGCAAGAAAAUCCACUCUGGCCAGGCACCUGCACCUCGGCCUGUGGCCUCCAGAGCAGGGCCUGCCUCCUGCACCAGUCAGGGCCUGGGGUGCCAAGCCUGUGCUUUCACUGGCUCUCCACUCCCAGAGGAUAUAGGGCUCAUCCAGCUGGUCACCCUCACUGGAUACCACCAACUCAGAGCCCUCUUCGGGGCUCAUGCUGCAGCUGGUGUACCCAAGUGACUUCCGGCUCACAGACAAAGAGAAAAGCAGCAUCUGCUACCUGUCCUUUCCUGACUCCCAUUCAGGCUGCCUUGGGGACACUCAGUUCAGCUUCCGCAUCCGUCAGUGUGGAAGGCAGAGGGGCCCCUGGCACGCCAGUGACAGAUGCUAUGACAGGGGGGCCCCCGCAUCGCUGCAGGCAGGUGAAGGACGGCUCCGUGAAGAGGGGCUACUUCCAGAAGUCUCUGGUGCUGGUGUCCCGCCUGCCCUUUGUACGGCUGUUCCAGACGCUACUGAGCCUGAUCGCCCCCGAGUACUUUGACAAGCUGGCUCCCUGCCUGGAAGCAGUAUGCAGUGAGAUUGACCAGUGGCCAGCCCCUAUGCCUGGGCAGACCCUGAGCCUGCCUGUGAUGGGAGUCAUCCUCCAGGUAUGCAUCCCAUCCAGGGAGGACAAGCCUGAAUGCAGCCCUCUGAAGCAGUGCAGCCACGAGCACCUGCUGCCAGCCCCAGUGAUCCUCACUAGUGUCCACGAGCUGGACCUGUUCAGGUGCUUCCAGCCUGUGCUGACGCACGUGCAGAUGCUGUGGGAGCUCAUGCUCCUUGGAGAGCCCCUGGUGGUCCUGGCGCCCUCGCCAGCCGCCUCCUCGGAGAUGGUGCUGGCCUUGACUAGCUGCCUGCAGCCCCUCAGGUUCUGCUGUGACUACCGCCCCUACUUCACCAUCCAUGACAGCGAGUUCAAGGAAUUCUCAACGCGCACACAGGCCCCACCAAACGUGGUCCUGGGAGUCACGAACCCUUUCUUUAUCAAAACACUCCAGCAUUGGCCCCACAUCCUCCGUGUCGGGGAGCCCAAGAUGUCAGGGGACCUUCCUAAGCAGGUUAAGCUGAAAAAGCCUUCGAGGCUGAAGACUCUCGACACCAAACCAGGCCUCUACACCGCCUACACGGCUCACCUCCAUCGGGACAAGGCGCUGCUCAAGCGGCUGCUCAAGGGCCUGCAGAAGAAGCGGCCCUGGGAUGCGCAGGCUGCCCUGCUGAGGCGGCGCCUCUUGGAGCUCACACAGAGCUUCCUCCUCCCCCUGGAGCAGUACAUGGCCAGCCUCAUGCCCCUUCAGAAGAGCAUCACACCCUGGAAGGCUCCUCCCCAGAUCCGCCCCUUUUGCCGGGAUGAUUUCCUGCACAGCCUGGAGCACAGAGGGUCCCAGCUCACCUGCACCCUCAAGGGCGACUGGCUGGGCCUCUACAGGCGGUUUCUCCAUUCCCCCCAUUUUGACGGCUGGUACCGGCAGCAGCACAGAGAGAUGGCCCAUAAGCUGGAGGCCUUGCACCUUGAGGCCAUCUGUGAGGCGCAGAACAUUGAGACCUGGAUGAAGGACAAAUCUGAGGUGGAGGUCGUGGACCUGGUCCUGAAACUUCAGGAGAAGCUGGUGCGGGCACAGGGUCACCAGCUCCCCGUGAAGGAGGCAACACUGCAGCGGGCACGGCUGUACAUCAAGAUGGUCAUCAGCUCCCUGCCCAAGGACCUGCAGGCCAUCCUGGGCCCUCCUUAAGUCUGGGCCAUGGGGCUUGGUACAGGGGCGUAGUUGCCCCUGGGGGCUGGGUAAGGCUGAGCUUCCUUGACCUCAGUGAGGGUUAGCUCCACCCAAGCUCCCUGUCGCUCCCGUUUCUGGCCCUGCCUGGUACUACAAUUGUUGCAGCAGUAAAGGUCGCGUUUGGAA